CUGGAAAGCUGUCAUGAGAGAACCAACGCCGGAGAGAGGAGCUCGAUCCCCCGGCCCGUUAAGAGAUCCGGCAAUGACGUCCGCCAGCAUGGAUGCAGACACAGGGUCGUCAAGAAGGGAACCUCAUCGGGCGGCUCAAGCUUCAUUCAUCCAUCCAUGGUGGGCUGCUGAGCUCGGACGGUGUGGUGCAAUUAACGGUUCGGUACGGCCUCGAGGAGUGAAUGGUACCGUGCAUCAGCCGCGUGGUGCUAGGCUCCUCAUAAACAUGGUGAGACGGGACAGGACGUUGGAUUAUCUUGAUGCCCUCCAUUUUUCUUACCUCGCACCACCCAAUGGCUGUUCAAAUGGGCGCUUUUUGGCCGCACUGACGGAUUUCCAACUGCUUCUGGCACCGAAACCUGACGAGCUUCGACUUCACUCAAGUCAAGGUCUUGUAUCUGUUCCCCUCGUCUCUUGUCGGAGCCGGGCUUGGCUCCGGUCGAGUUCUGUUCACAUCCUGCCAGUCCCAUUUUGAGAAUCUUUUCCGCGCCCUUGCUCCUCUCGUGCGCUCUCAAAAACUCUCUCUUAAAGAUAUGUCUUCUCAAAUUCCAACUACAAGGCGGCCUCUCCUCUAGCUUCCCCGUUGUUAUUAAAGUCCAUAUCCCCCUGCACAUUGGAUUGAGACACAUCUUGAUCUGAACUUCGUCACUGCAUCUCAGGAACGGUCAUCACGUACCCAAUUUAAUCCCCAGUCUUCCCUCACCGUCGCCCACAUCAGUUCCCUUGUGUGUGCAUUCUAAUUGUCCUGCCCCUCAUUAUUUUAUUCCCACCCACGCCAGGUAGCUCACGAAAUCGUCGCGACAUUGUUCGCUUCCCAAUUACAGACAGCCACCGAUACCCCAACGCUCUACCAACUUUCAUCUCGAGGGGCAUUCUACUCAAUGGAGCCGACCGAUUACACCUGGGAACUCAGUUUACUUUAGCCAGCUUUUUAGAGCUGCUGUUUCCCAAACACUGCUUCCUCAAAGUCACAUGGGGGUAUACGGCCACUUCUAGUUAUGGAUCCAGGACUAUCCUCAUCCAGCAACGUCUCUCCAGGACCUGGGCCGCAAAGUAAUCGAAAAGAGCGCGGUGCCAUUGCAGCUCAGGUAUGUUGGGCUUGAUUACCGUGCCAUUGAAUCAGGGGUCCAAUGCCUUAGCCUGUCGUUCCCUCACAUCUUUCGCUUUCAUUUCGACGUCUUCUGUCAGUAUCAAUCUCGGAUUCCAUUCGUAGCUUCCAGUUGCUUUGGAUAUCUGUGUUAUUGAUAUAUUUCCUGUUUUCUCCUCAAUUCAUGCUAUCAAUUCGAGUGUUCCACUGCCGAACCAAGUGACUAACAAAUACCCAGGCUUGUGAGACGUGCCGCAACCGAAAACAAAGAUGUGAUGAACAAAGGCCAAAGUGCGGUACAUGCCAGAGAUUCAAGCUCGAAUGUCGAUACCGAGAACCUCAACCAACAAAGUAUGUUACUACGGGAGCCUGAUGAAGCGGCGAGGAUGCAGAGCUUGACCUGAAUAUGGCGUGGCUGUCGUCGUUGCCUGGGCCGCUCUCUUAACACAACUGCAAUUUGCUAAACUCCGCCCACAGGAAGGAUAAAACCCUGGUUGAGAUUCUAGACCGACUCAAGACUGUCGAAAGUAAGAUUGACAACCUGGGUCAACGGGAAAAUACGACUCCUCCCCUCUUCACUACUCCUCAACCUCCAGCCGUUUAUUCCACCAACACGCCGCUACUAGUGGAUCCCGACUCCCACGAUCCUCUUCCAGGCACAUCCUUACCCAACCAUCCUACAAGUCCAACGCCCAACCGUGACACAGGCGGCUAUCGCUAUGACUCGUCUGUGUCCAAGAUGUCAGAAUGGCCCGUUGUACGCCAGAUGUUCGAAAGCCUUGGCCAGAAGGCUCCAUCCGCCUUGGGUGAGAUUCCUGCACUUCCGAGAGGACUUCGUGCCUCAAACGUUACUCUGCCAUCCGAUGGACUCCAGCCGGUAGGAAUACCAAGCAACAGCACUCUGCAGAUACCCCUGCACCUCUCAGGCUCUACCUCGACUCUCAAUCUUAGCCCCCCAAGUGUGGACUGGGAGACCAUGCAAAGACUUAGUAAGGCUUAUUUCGAUGUCAUUAACAUGCUUCAUCCUGUCUUGGAUAGACAGUGGUUCAACUCGAACGUACUGAGUUCAAUCAUCAACAAUGGAUUCCAAGAAGGAGCACUUUCAUCCCUUGUACUACUUGUCUUUGCCCUUGGGGAGGUGGCGCUCACCACAUCAGAAGUGCCAAUCUCGGCUUACAAGCAGCGACCAUCUGGAAUCAAGGGAGGUACUAUCGAUCGGCCACCUGGUCUUGCUUUAUUCAACGAGGCACGGAAAAGGAUGGGAUUUGCUAUGAGUGAAGUCAGCCUGGAAAAUGUGCAGAUGUUGGCACUUGCUUCGCUCUACUACUCAAGCUGCGGACAAGCUCUAGAAUGUUGGAGGAUGAAUGUGUAUGCGUCCUUGGCCUGCCAGGGUCUAAUAACGAGCAAACCUGACGAAUUACACGGCCCCCGAACAGAUCUGGUCAAGCGAGUCUUCUGGCACUGUUCAAUCAUGGAAACGUGCUUCCACAUGGAGUUUGGACUACCCCUGACUGGGCUAGAAAAGCUGGAAGAAACGAUCGGUCUCCCUGACUUUAGUGGACCGAUGACUGACGAGGACUAUAUCGUCAAUCAACAAACACACUUUCAUGAGCAUUUCGCUUCUCAAAUCGUUCUCCGAAGGCUCUCGGCCAAUUUCCAUUCUGUUCUCAACAAGACCUUUGGCACAGAUGCCUCUCUACCCGUUGCGGGGUUCGCUCCCUUCAACAUCUCUUCGAGUCCCGGGACCGCAGCUGUUAUGAAGCAACUCGACGCACAGCUAGACCAGUGGAGGGGCAUGCUACCCAGCCAUCUAAGAUGGCAGGAUAACCAGGAUGUGGCCUUCGCGGAUCCUUCACAUAAUGCCUUUGGUGACGUAUAUACGGAAGAAUCACUCCAGAGCAAUUACAUGUUUACACCGGAUCUUGAUACUCCACCAGCCACGUAUCCGUUCGCGGCCGACAUACAAACUGCACUUCUCCGAACACGAUACAGCUACAACAAAUACCUUAUACACAGGCCCUGCAUUUUCAAGGCUCUUCAUCACCCUGAGAGCAUGACGCGAGAAGAUGCUGAAGGUGCGGCCGAAUGUCUCAAAGCCUCGGUUAAGUGGCCCAUUGCCCUAUCACCCCCAUGUACCAACAAACGACUUGUGCCGAUUACUUUCUUCUGGUCGCAGAAUCUGCUGGGUGUUCUAAUUCUGUUACAUUUAUCGCAGCAGCACCCCAUGUUGAGUCGGAUCCGGUCGUCGCUUUGCGGGCAACGCUUCGAUGUGGAAGCCUCCCAAACUGUUACAGUAUAUUUAGACUGGCUACGCGAUAUGAAAAAGAUAGACUCGACGGCGAACUGGUGCUGGAAUAUCGCUCGCUUGGUCUACCAAUUGGAUGAUUAGACGAAACGAGGGAAGAUGUUGACAUACCUCCCCUUAUGACUACAACCAUGGGAGCGGGGCUGGGGGGGAUAGACUUUGGCGAUACGGCUGCGAAACGAAGCAUGACAUGAAUACUUUGACGCCAGGAGUUGAGCGAAUUUCCCCAUGGUCCGAACGAAUUGAUUAUGCAAGCCCAUACUAGAAGACUAUAGAGAAGCUCACGGGAAUUGUGUUGAUCACAUUCAAGGAGGAGUUGGGGAGGAAUUUAGUAUUUAAUCGAAGCGAAACGAACAUCCACCGUCGUCCUGUGUUUGAUUUUAACAACCUCACCGCAUAUCGCACAUACCGUCUAGCUGACUUUCUAAGACGGCCUGAUUUUACUCAUGGCGGCCUGAAUCAGCUUUGAGAGCCCAC